ACAAACAAAAAACAACAACAAAGAGCUUUUACACACACACCUACACGCACAGAGAGAGUAUGUUGCAGCUUUAUCGGUGGACCUGCUGAAAGAUAUUGAAGGACAACAAGUGCCGACCUAUCAGCAUUGUCUGUUGAGGAAGCGUAGCGGGAAAUAGUAGCUCGUUGACAUGACAAGAAAGUCAUUGAAACUGAUAAGAUGCAAUAUCAGCGAGGAAGACGAAGAUGAAGAUCAACAGCAACAGCCAGAAGAGCAAGUGGGGCAACAUUUGAAAUUGAAAAGUGUUGAACAAGUCUACGAUAUGAUAACCUAAUUUUCAAAAGCCAGUGGCAAGACUUACAACAAGGCAACAAAAAAAAAGAAAGAAAAAAAUAACAAAACCCAACGAAAAAGAAACGAAAGUAAAAUUUUUAAGUAAAACACAAAAAUCCGGGAGAAAUGCUAGCAAAGGGGCAGCAAAAAUUGAGGCAACUGCGACGUAUUUGAAGUUCAACAUAAAACUAAAACAUAAUAAUAAUAAUAACAACAAAGAAACAAACAAUCGAACACAGUUUUUGUGGAAUUGCAAUUAUAAAUUUUCAUGCGAAUAAACCUGCGUUUGGAUUGGAGGGCCCUGGCGCUGCUGGGCGCCCUCCUAUCGUUUAUUAUAGCCUGGCCGGGUCUGGUGUUUGCCAUGCCAGCGCUGACGAUGUCGAACAAUAAUAAUACAAUAUUUAACCUAACAAACAUAACAAAAAAUAUAUAUGUUAGCAAUAAUAACAAUAAUAAUAAUACCAAUAAUCUUACAUUAACAAACAUAAAAAGUGAUCAUAGUCAUAGUAGUGUAUUGCCAGCUGAAUCGUUUAGUUUUAAACAGAAUCAAAGUAUUAGUGCUGAAUUUAAUGUACGAACGUUAGCACAACCGCAACAAAAACAACAACAAGAACAACAACAACAACAGCCACAACAGCAAUCCCAACAAAUUGAAGAGCAGAGAAGUGCCCUAACUACAACAAAACAAUUGGCUAAGCGAGACUCAAAGAACUCAACGGAGUCUCGGGAGAUCGAUGAGGAAUUUGAAGAGAAGCUCAUGGGCUUUGUCUUCUCAGUUGCGUCACGCGAACACUUAGCAAUACUCUCACGCACGGAGCGCAGUAUACGCCAUCAACAACAACAACAACAACACCACCACAAUCAUCACCAACACCAACACCAACAACAGCAAGAACAAGAACAAUUGGCAACUGCUGCUAAUAUUGAUAACAAUUUUAUUGGUUCGAAAACAAAAAGACUGAAUAAUUCUAGAAGUAACCUACACAUAAAUAGCAGUAGCAACAACCACCAUCACAACAACAACAACAAUCACAACAAUUUAGAUCGCAACGAACGCUCCACAGUCACCCAUCUGACCACAUCGCGCAAAAUUCAGCUCUAUAUGAAGAAUCGCUUUCUACAAAUACUGCCCGAUGGCACUGUGGUUGGCACACAACAAGAAACUGAAUACACAAUAAUGCAGCGUGAGGCGCUGGACACGGGACGCAUUAAGAUACAAAGUGUGGCCACUUGUUUGUUUCUGUGCUUGGAUGCCUGUGGCUCUGUCUAUGGAUCGAAAGUCUUCAAGGACGAGGACUGCGUGUUCAACGAGAACAUGGGCCAACAACACUACAACUACUACACCUCCACCUACAACUCAAAUGCGCGUCGUGUGCUAUAUUUGGCAUUAAAUCGGUUCGGGGAGCCGCGCAAAUUACAAAUACCGCCGACAAAAUCGUUGGGCAAGCUGGCCGUCUAUGCGAACACAAUUACCGAAACUGUUUCGCAGGAGCGUGUCGAGCAGCUGAUAACAAAGAAUUUUGGCGCCAAUCGCAUCGAUCAUGGCGUGCGCCAACUCUGUGAUACGGGCAUGCCGCUGAUCGAGCUGACCGCCAGAAACUUUAAAGCACCGCCGCAGUGCAAUCCAAACACUAGCAAUAGCAGUAAAUCUACCAAUAGCAAUAGCAAUAGCAGUAGCAGUAGCAGUAACAGUAACAGUAAUACAAAUAGCAAUCCAAUUAGUAGUAGUAGUAAUAGCAGUGGCCAAACACUGAACAACAAUGUUCCUGCUGCCAAUGAUAGAGCUAGGAGGUUAAAUAGUAUUAGCAAUAUUGGAAACAGCAACCUGCUUAGUAGUAGUAGUGGUAGUGGUAGUAGUCUUCUUCUUCUUCAUAGCAACAGUAGUCAAAGCGAAAGCGGCCAUAUUAGCAAUAGCAGUAACAAUAACAAUAACACUAGCAAUAGCAAUAGCAAUAGUCCCACCCAGAAGCCGAAGAAGAAGCGCAAAUGCAAGCUCGGCGAGACGGAGCAGGAGCACAAUUGUCGUCGUCUGGCGGGUGCUUUACGCAUCGGUCCCAAACGCUGUCGCAAGCUGAAGGAGCAGGCGAAAGCCGACGGUCUGCCGCCACCGAAUUGCCAAUUGGGCGGCAAACGGGGCGGACCCAAGCGCAAGGCGAAUCGCAAGCACCCCAACGAAGAGGCGUCCUUCAAAAAGAAGGGCGCAGGCGGCGUGGGCAGAGCGGCGGGAAAGCAGCAGCAGCGACCCAAUGCGGGCGGUUCGAAACGUAAGGGACGCAACGGAGCUGCAGGAGCAGGAGCUGGAGCUGGUGGAGUGAAGCGCAAAAAUCUGCGACAAAAUCCGCUCUUCAGCACCACCACCAUCUCGUCCAGUCUGGCCACACCUGAGGCCUCCUCACUGGAGAGCAGUUCUCCGCUGCCGGCCCUCUCGCUCAGCGGCACCAGCGAUCGCGUCGAGCGCUUUGCCCGCAAUCCCGCAGAGCCGGAGCGAGAUGACAGCGCCGAUGCGGAGGAGAAUGAGGAGGAUGUGUCGCUGCAGAGUUCCGAGGACGAUGAUGUCUACGAUGAGGCACCACCAGCGGCGGCGGCGGCAGCGGCAGCGUCCAGCGGUGCCGAUGAUGUCCACUACUACGAUCAGCUUGAUGUGUGA